UCCGAGGAAGGCUGCGGUGGUCAAACUCGUGAUAAACUCCCCCCACCCCCUUCCAUCUUUUCCUCCUCUGCUCUACAACCCAUGACUACCUCUGCACCUCCACCCCCACCCAACCCGUGGAGGGUGGGAUAUUAACCUGAAGGACAGGUGGGCUCCAAGGAGUUGACUGUUUGGAGUUGGGUUUCUGUUCUUGACACAAACACACUACGCCUGCCACAGACCUCUCUCCCCAGAUCAUGGUUCCUGUUUCAGAACAAGCUGAUGACACAGAGAAACACAUGAAACAACUCAAUGAGAAAACUGCCUCUAUGGCUCCAGCUCACUCCACUGUGGCCCUGAUCGAGGGGGGGUCUGAUGGAGAGGAGAACCCAUGGGAUCUUCCAGAGCUCCAGGACAUGGGUGUGCCCUGGUCAGAGCUGGACACCAAGGGGAAGGUGCAGAGGGUGGUGUUCUCUGUGGGGAAACUGGUCCUCCUGGUGGGCCUGCUGUACAUGUUCAUCUGCUCCCUGGAUGUCCUCAGCUCCGCCUUCCAGCUGGUUGGAGGUAAGGUUGCAGGGGACAUUUUCCAGGACAACGCGGUGCUGUCCAACCCCCUGGCAGGCCUGGUGAUUGGGGUGCUAGUCACUUUGCUUGUCCAGAGCUCCUCCACCUCUUCCUCCAUUGUGGUCAGCAUGGUCUCCUCCGGACUAUUAAAGGUCCAGUCUGCUGUUCCUGUGAUCAUGGGCACCAACAUCGGAACCUCCGUUACCAACACACUGGUUGCCAUGACACAAGCCGGAGAUCGCGACAAAUUCCGCAGGGCAUUUGCCGGGGCCACUGUUCAUGACUUCUUCAACUGGCUGUCAGUGCUGGUGCUGCUGCCCCUGGAGCUGGUGUCAGGCUACCUGUACUUUGUCUCCAAGCUCAUUAUUGAGUCCUUCAACAUCCAGAGUGGAGCGAAUGCUCCCCAGCUUCUCAACGUCAUCACCGACCCCCUCACCCUUUCCAUCAUAGAGUUGGACGAAACUGUCAUAAGUGAUAUUGCCACAGGAGACCCUGAAGCCAGGAAUAAGAGUCUCAUCAAGACUUGGUGCGAAACCUUUACCAACAUGACCCAAAUGAAUGUGACAGUUCCUGGCCCAGAAAACUGCACCUCACCAACCCUGUGUUGGUUUGAGGGGAACAUCACCACCACCCUCAAGAACAAUUCAGACACCUUCAACGUUGCAAAAUGCAAGCACCUCUUUGUGGACGUGCCACUGACGGACAUGGUGGUGGGCCUCAUCUUGCUGGCCUGCUCUUUGCUGGUGCUCUGCAGCUGCCUGGUCUUCAUUGUCAAGAUGCUCAAUUCCAUGCUCAAAGGACAGGUGGCCUUGGUCCUCAAGAAGAUCCUCAACACUGACUUCCCUUUCCCGUUCGGCUGGGUGACGGGCUACAUAGCCAUCUUGGUCGGAGCAGGGAUGACUUUCAUCGUCCAGAGCAGCUCAGUCUUCACCUCUGCCAUCACUCCACUUGUGGGUAUUGGGGUGAUCAGCAUUGAGAGGGCGUACCCUCUGUCUCUGGGGUCCAAUAUUGGAACAACAACCACAGCUAUACUGGCAGCAUUGGCCAGUCCUGGAAAAACACUGGACAACUCUUUACAGAUUGCGCUGGUCCACUUGCUGUUCAACAUUUCAGGCAUCCUGUUGUGGUACCCAAUCCCCUUUACCCGUGUGCCGAUCCGAUUGGCCAAGGCGCUGGGCAACAUAACGGCGGGGUAUCGCUGGUUUGCUAUUGUCUACAUCCUGUCCUGCUUCUUUGUCCUGCCCCUUUUCGUAUUCGGCCUCUCAUUGGCUGGCUGGCAGGUCUUGGUGGGGGUAGGGGUGCCCCUGGUGGCCAUGAUCAUCGUGAUCAUCGUGAUCAAUGUGCUGCAGAGCAAGUGCCCCCGCUGUUUGCCGACAGUACUGCACUCCUGGGACUUCCUGCCUCUUUGGGCGCACUCCCUAGCACCCUGGGACCGGGUUGUCAAGGUGAUGGCCGCCAAGUGUUGCUGCUGCUGCAAAUGCUGCCAGCCUGCUAGCGAGGCGGAGGGGGAAGAGAAGAAACUGACCAAGUUGGAGAUGUACGAUAAUCCAGUGAUUCCCUCGGAAGUGAAACCAACGAAAAAGGAGAAACAGAUGCACUUCAGUGUUCUUCAAGCCACACAGCUUUGACCUCAAACUGAUCUUUCUCAUACUAUUUUUCUUUGAGGUACCUCUAAGUAACCAAGAUAAUGUAAUAAAGUGGUUUUACCCCUCUGUGCGAUGCUUAGAAAGCGUUAGCAGCAUGUAUGAGGCCUUUUCUACCUACCUGCCUUUAAAACUGGUAAAAACGUAUAUUUCAUCUCCUACUCAAAGCUUUCUGUCAAUUUGGUCACAUCAUGUUGCAAGUUUUAAAACCUCUAUUUGGCUAAUAUUAUUACUGUGUAUUUAUUAUUUACACUGUAUACACAACACAUAGUUUUAAGGUGUUAUUUUGUCAGUGAAAAUACCUUAAUUGUAUUCAAGGAAUAUAUAUCCCAAGAAAUUGAGGAAUCUUAUGCUAUUUUAUUAUAUUUCAAGGUUUCUAUUUUCUGUAUUUAUGAAAAAUUGUUUAAAUUUUAAACUAAGGUCGGUAGGAGGUUGUAAAUAAGCAAUACAUUCAUCAAA